AGCAGCUGCGACCAUCUCUGCCGGCCGUCCUCGGGUAAGCGCCUCUGCCGACCCUCGUGAAUUCACUUCUUUCCUCAUUCCGGGACCUUCCCUACUGUCGCCCCCGUAACGUUGGAUCAUGUUCAAGAAAUUUGAUGAAAAAGAAAAUGUGUCCAACUGCAUCCAGUUGAAAACGUCAGUUAUUAAAGGUAUUAAGAACCAGUUGACAGAGCAGUUUCCAGGCAUUGAACCAUGGCUUAAUCAAAUCAUGCCUAAGAAAGAUCCGGUCAAAAUAGUGCGAUGCCACGAACAUAUAGAAAUCCUUACAGUAAACGGAGAGUUACUAUUUUUUAGACAAAGAGAAGGACCUUUUUACCCAACUCUAAGGCUACUACACAAAUACCCUUUUAUCCUGCCACGUCAGCAAGUUGAUAAAGGAGCCAUCAAAUUUGUACUCAGUGGAGCAAAUAUUAUGUGUCCCGGCUUAACCUCUCCCGGAGCUAAGCUUUACCCUGCUGCAGUGGAUACGGUUGUUGCAAUCAUGGCAGAAGGAAAACAGCAUGCUCUGUGUGUUGGAGUUAUGAAGAUGUCUGCAGAAGAUAUUGAGAAAGUCAACAAAGGGAUUGGCAUUGAAAAUAUCCAUUAUUUAAACGAUGGGCUGUGGCAUAUGAAGACAUAUAAAUGAGUCUCAGAAGGAAAACGCUUGGGCUAAAUAUGGACAUUGUGCUGUGUGUUUUGUGUCUGUGUAUGACAGCAUGAAGACAGUACCUCUAUGGUUAUGCUGAAUAAAUUCAACAGAUGCUACAAAAAAAGUAAAGAUUUGGA